UUCUAUUGACAGAAUUUUUCAUUUUGGGGUCAACUAUCCCUUUUUAUGGUUAACAGGUGUAGCAAGUAACAAAAUUGUCGAUUUUAAAGCUAAAAAUCUGUAUUUAAAAAUACAGAUCAAGUGACCUUGUCUUUUAAGUUGGUAAAGCUGCAGUUGUGGGAGGAUCGGUCUUCGCCACCGGGGCUCGCGUUCACAUCCCGCUGCCUGUGAUAAAACUUGUCAGAAUGAAAGUGAACUUCAGCCUGUGCGUUGAAAACGGUUUCCAUCAGCACAUCUGGAGGACAUCAUCGCUGCUGUUGCUCUGUUUGCGGUUAUGUGAAGUCGUUCACAAGGAUGAUUGUUCUCUUCUUACUGUUUUUCGGAGGCGAUGCAUUUCUUCGGUGGGUUUGGGACUUCAUAUAUGCGGAACGUCAUGUGCUUCUCAGGGCACCCCACUUUUCCGUGUGCACAGCUUUUAGCACACAUAUCAUCUUCUCUGCUCCCUUCAUGCUUCUGGAUGUGUUCAGUCCACAUGUGGGAUGGCUCCAAAAGUACAGGAUACACCGUGAAGUCAUUGGUUUGCAUCAGUGGUUUCAGUGUGCUGCACGAAUUUUAUGGAAAUACAUGGUUGGCGUUUUACCUUUAACUGCGCUGUUUCUGUGGGGACGGCGCACGCAUUUUCCGGAGAGACCACCGUCUUCUUUCCAUGCCUUCAGGGAAUGUGCCUCAUGCAUGCUCAUAUUCGAUACGCUCUUCUUCCUUUGUCAUUACACCAUACACAAAAUUCCCUGGCUGUUCAACAACGUCCACCGCAUUCACCAUCUGAACAGGGACACUUUCGCUCUCGCAGCUCAAGACGCCAGUAUUUCUGAACUGUUGUCUCUACAAACCCUUGCAUUCAUAAGUACUAUGCUCGUGGGCUGCCACCCUUUUAGUGAAAUCCUUUUCCAUCUGGUUAACACCUGGAUGGCUGUGGAGGACCACUGUGGAUAUGACUUUCCUUGGGCGCUGCAUCGGUUCUUGCCAUUCUUUGGCGGGCCGCCGCACCACCUGGCCCACCAUCAGCACUUUAAAGGGAACUAUGCCCCUUACUUCAGACACUGGGAUUACAUCUUUGGGACCUCAUUGCCCAUUUCAGUAAAUGAGAAAGACAAUAGAUAGGGUGAAUCCAGGUUAAUUACGUCAUUAUAUGACAGUGGGAAUGAGACUAUUAAAAGUGCUCCACUGAUUUCACCCUAUAUGAACUGACAUUACAAUAACCCUUUUUUUAUAUUUUAUAAGAUUUUUAUAUUAUUUUGCUGAAUUAAAUUUAGUUAAGCCUGGGAACAUCAACUUAAUCCUGAAAGCUUAGAUUCUUGGCCUGACUUUGUACUCAGCCUGAACUGUGCUGAUGCUGUAUAUUUUGAAUACUGGCUAUUUGUAUUACAAAUUUUCAUGUUGUAUAUAUUUUAAGUGAUAUUUAGUUACAUUGUUAAAGGUUGAUAAAUGGAUUAAACACAUCUUGUUUACAUAUGUUUCUGUAAUAUAAUUUACAAAAAGGUUCAUUAGUUAACUAUUUUAUUUAACAUGAACUAAGAAUGAACAAUACUUCUACAGCAUUUAUUAAUCUAGUUAAUGUUAAUUUCAGUAUUUACUAAUGCAUUAUUAAAAUCAAAAGUUGUGCUUGUUAACAUGAGUUAACACACUGUAAAUUAACAUGAACUAACAAUAAAAAAAAGACUGUAUUUUCAUCAACUAACACUAACAAAGAUUAAUAAAUACUGUGCUUAAUAUAUUGUUCAUUGUUCAUGUUAGUAACUUAAUACAUUAACUAAAGUUAAUA